AUGACAAAAGUUGCACAUCAAGCAUUGCCAUUAACCACUUCUACUGUAUUUGUUCUAUCUCAUUUUCACCAUGCAGGUUCAUCAGAGAUCCGACCUCCAUUCUCAGGACCCAAAGUGCAGUGCACACUUCGGAAGCACAAGACAAACCGGAAGCCCAGGACACCGUUCACCACGUCACAACUUCUCGCCCUGGAGCGGAAAUUUCGCCAAAAGCAGUACCUCUCGAUAGCCGAGCGUGCCGAGUUCUCAGCCUCGCUAAACCUCACCGAAACUCAGGUCAAGAUCUGGUUCCAGAACAGAAGAGCCAAGGCCAAGCGCCUCCAGGAGGCCGAGCUCGAAAAACUCAAGAUGGCGGCCAAGCCCAUGUUCGCGCCUGGACUAGGUAUGCACAUUCCUGCAGCGGCUGCCAGCGCGUACUACUCGUCACUCAGUCCGCUUCAUGCGGCACUGAGGCCACAGAUUUCCAUCAGCCCGUACCACCUAGGACCGUAUGCAUAUUUACCUUCGCCGCCAGCUCCAUCGAACAUAGUUUAUCCUUACACGAGUGGUAGCUUUUGAGAAUCACACAGACACUUCAUUGGACAUCGCAGCUUAUUACUUCAUCGAUAUUCUUCGCAGAUGAACAAGCUGGUACCGACUUUUAUCUACUUACACUUCGAUGUGCUUGUUCCUACUAUGACUCCAGUUGGCGAUGAAGACGAUUUCGUCAAUAUUGUCAGGUCAUGUGACCAUGACGAUAAAAUAUUAUUGAGGAUGAGCAGCCGGAUUAACACUUGCUACAUGACGUCGAUUGCAAGUCCAUCAUGCAUUGCAAAGUUCCAGAAUGAUUUAAAAAAAAAUAUACUUGCCGUCCAUUGUGGGCCAAAAAACAUAAAUUUUGAAUGCCAAUUUUUAUUAGCAUAAAAUUAUCUACGCAGUCGUACGUUUCUAUCAAAACUUCUUUUUCUUUGAAAAUAAUUUGUUGGUUAAUUGAAAGUAUUUCAUCAGAACGAAACCCCACCGAAUAAGACUGACAUGCACAAAGUGCUCUUGUUGAAUAAAUCUUAGUCAUCUCUCACCAGACAGUGCCAGAGUGUUUCAUAUUUCCACCUUUUGAACUCAACCCUAGAAUCAUUGUGUCUUACCAUUCUGUCACGUGACAAGUGUUGGUGACGUAAUGAUAAACGAACCCACCGAUUGGUUGAGAAUUUGCCUUACGAUGACGAGCAAUCAAAAAAUCUUAAUUUAGUUUCGAGACAUUCCCAAUUCUAACACUCUUUAUCACUCUUUUAGUUGAAUUGUGAUAUUUUUGUGUUUUCAAAUCAAAAGAAGUAAUGCUUUCACGAUUAUCAUGGAGGGCUGAUUUUAUUAUACCUAAUGACCAAAGUAUAUUGUUCCUUUAGCUGAUAAUUUGGACCAGAAAAUGUUGCCCAUGAAAAAAAAAAUCAUAAUUACUAAAAUAAUGCUAAAGUAUAAAUCGAGUGUGUUAUUCUAAGCCUAAGACCCCAUAUACGAUUCUUGACGAUCUUAGCCUUCAUGUCGUGGUUUAUAUCAUCGAUGCAAUGUUACGUACUUCAUCUAGAGGUAGUUUACCUAAAUGUUAUAAGCAUCGCGUGCAGGUGAGGGCGCUUGAGGCCAUGAACUCCCCCCCCCCCCCCAAAAAAAAAAAAAAGGGGUGAAAUGUGACUUUAUUUUCUAAAUAUUGAAGGAAAAGGAAAAAAGGAGCGAAAUGUAUUUUGAUUUUCUAAAUAUAAUGUCAAAAUCUUCAACCAAAUAUUUUUUUUUGUAACCAAAAUGUGAAUUUUCCCCCAUAUGUCAUGUAUGACUCCUCAGAAUAUUUUUGGUGUCUCAUUACGCUACUAGGAUUAAGGAACCAAUGAAUUACAUAAGUUUGGGCAAGGGAAAUACCCUUCUACAUGUUCUAGUUGUAACAAUAAUAAUAGUAAUACAUCAUGAUUAAUAAUAUGUGAUUUUAAUAAUCGUGCUAAUAUUAAGGAAUUGUAUUUGCAAUCCGUGCCCACCGUAUUUGAUAUGCAUGUAUUUAAAAAAAAAAACACCACUUUGUGCCGAAAGUAUUGCCAGUAUUACCAUGUUAAUUAUCAAGGAUGGAUGUCAAACACUCAAAUUCUGAUCAAAACGUUUUUAAUUGAUAUUUGUAUCAGGUAUUGCUAUGUUUUCUUUCAUGUUAACCCACCGCUUCCGUCGAAUUCAUGACUUAAACAAUUUUACUAUGAAUUGGUUUGAAUUACAGGAAACCUAGCAAAUUUAUGAAAAAUGUAUGCUAUGUUUUUCAACAGUUCUUUUAAAAUGUAAAAUUAUCUUGGCUGCAUACAAUUCGAAUUGAAUGUGCGUUAAUAUAUUUUCUAUUCCAUCUUGAUGGUUUUGCAGUCUCUGCCCCAAACUAUUUAUUUGUCUGAAAUGAACAUUGGACCGUUAAGAUAAUAAUAAUAAUAAUAAUAAUAUAGGGUAUUUAUAUUGCGCACAUAUCCACCUUGUUAGGUGCUCAAGGCGCUCCUAUAUUACCCGGCUAAGCUAGGCGUUCAUAUCGCACACAGCUUUUUAAGGAAUUACUUCCUACCGGUACCCAUUUACCUCACCUGGGUUGAGUGCAGCACA